AUGGGUGUCGACGGCAAGGCCAACGUUCUCUUCGUCUGCCUGGGCAAUAUUUGCCGCUCCACCAUGUCCGAAGGCGUCUUCCGUCACCUCGCCAAAUCGUCCACACCCCACCCGCUCGUCGGCGAGGUCGACAGCUGCGGCACGGGCGCCUACCACGUCGGCGACGGGCCGGACUCGCGCACCAUGUCGACACUCCAAGACCACGGCAUCACCGACUACGAUCACUGCGCGCGCAAAUUCUCGCACCCGGAGGAUUUCCAUCGCUUCGACUACAUCCUGGCCAUGGACCGCGAGAACCUGAGCGAUCUGCUACGCCUGCGGAACAGCCACGAGAAGAAGUUGAAGGCCGAUGGCCAGGAAGAGCAGAUUGGCAGGCUCGGCAAGGUCAUGCUGUUCGGCGAUUUCGGAGGCAGGAAGGGCGAGGUCGUGGAUGACCCGUACUACGGCGGUAGGAACGGGUUCGAGACGGCGUACAAACAGGCGAUGAGAUUCUCCGAGGGCCUGUUGAAGCAUCUUGAGGCGGAGAGGGGUGCCUGA